UCGAUCUAGUGGCACCGCUGACUCACAGAGGACAGGACAGAAGACACAUGAAGAGACGACGAACAAGACAAACACAAGUGACGAGAAGUAACUAAGGACAACAAGGCUUUUAUAAGUGUGAGCGCAAGAGAGACAAGAGAGUGAGGGGCACACAGGGUGAGCACUUGGUCCACGGGGGGAGACAGUCUUCAGCAAGUGUUGCCUCCACGCAGCAUAGAGAGCGGACGAAAAGAUCACUCAGAUCCAUCGGGUCAUCAUCCACCCAUCCAUCCUUACAUCAGCCUGGCAAGUGAGCGAGGGGCACAGACAUGAAGAGACCUCACGACUACAGCUCCCCAGACUCGGACACAGAUGAGUUUAUUGACGUGGGACAAGAAGACGGCUUUUGCCCAGUCACCGGGUCCAUGUCUCCUGGCAGCGCCUCGCAGAUUCUGGCCCGAAAGAAGAGACGAGGGAUCAUAGAGAAGAGGCGCCGAGACCGGAUCAACCACAGCCUGUCAGAGCUCAGGAGGCUGGUGCCCAGUGCUUUCGAAAAACAGGGCUCAUCUAAGCUGGAGAAGGCGGAGAUCCUGCAGAUGACCGUGGACCACCUCAAACUCCUUCAUGCCAUGGGAGGAAAAGGUUACUUUGAUGCGAGGGCCCUGGCAGUGGACUACAGGACCUUGGGCUUUAGGGAGUGCGUCGGAGAGGUCGUACGGUACCUCAGCUCUCUUGACGGGGUCCCGGACCCGAUAGGAGCCCGCCUGGUCUCCCACCUUUCUCACUGUGCCAGCGAGCUAGACCCCCUCCUCCUACAGUCGCCCCCGGCCUCUGCCAUGCCCUUUUCUCCUUGGCCUUGGGCAUCCUUCACUCAAAUCUCCCCCAACUCACAGGCCUCCUCCUCACCUGCUUUCCACAGUGGGCGAAGGGAUCUGGCCCUGCUGGGGAGCUACCCGUCACCCGCCUCCCUCCGUCUCGGCCCCCUGGCUGGCUGCCAGCAGGGUGUUCCGUCACUCCUUGCGCCUACAGCCCUGGCCACCGUCCACAGGUUGCCCUCCCUCGCAGCGUCCCCGGUCCUAGCCCCCUCCAGACCGACCCAGUCGUCCCCUCACAGCGCCACCAGGGCCUCGCCCCAUCCCCUCCCCACCCCUACCUCUUCCUCUCUUUCUACCUCCUCCUCCUCUUCUUCUAUUUCAUCAUCUUCUGCCCCACUGCAGGUCUCUUUCAGGCCCUUCGCACCCCUGGGGUCUCCUGCAGCUCAGCGCAGGGGCUUGGGCGGACAAGCCAAGUCGGCCCAGGGAUGGGGGACUGAGAUCGGAGCUUUCUGAGAGUCAACUGUGGUUUUGUUUUUCCAAAUGAACUCUGUCCAGGGAACAUGGAGCUCCCAUGUGCACCAUGUAGCAAAUAUGAAACUGUUGGAGAAAGACGUAUUGAACCUUUGAUGAUUGUUUUUGCUUUUUAAGGGACUCUAAAAGCCAUAUCAGACUGUGGGUGAAGUUUCAGAUAAUCACAAACAAUCAUAUAUAACAGAAGAAUGUAGGAAUGUGAAUGAAUAGAAGAUUUGAAUAAGUUCCUGCUCAUGAUCUUGCUAGAAAAAUACAGACAUACACAGUGUACAACAGAGCCAUAUAUAACGCUCAACGGAGCGUCUUUUAACUGUGAUAUCUGUUUUUUUUCAAAACAUUUAUACAUUUGAUGAUAUUUGCAAAGUCUGAAGAAUGUUUGACAAAAAUCUCUA